AUGAAGUUCUCCAUUGCCGUCUUUGCCCUCUUCACCGUCGCCAUGGCGGAGCUCCGCAAGGUUCCCCGACAAGCUAACGUCCAAAACGCCGUCAUGACCGAUGCCAACGGCGCUGUCGUGGCCUUCAACGCCGCCGGUGUCGUCAAGGACAAUGGCAACUAA